GCAUGAGGAUGGCGCAUCGCCCGUGGGGAGUUUGUUAUCGGUUCAUCCCCUAGUUUCUUUAUCGAUUCGAUUUCUUUCAACACGCACGUUUAACAUGAUCGCAUCGUGUCAUGGGCUUGAGUGAGGGGGAUAAUCUAUUGAAGCCCAGGAAAGGCGAAGGGCGGAGGGGAAGUUGUACUAUACGGUAUACGCAAGGACAAGAAGCAGAGAAGAGAAACAGCAGAUAUGUACAGUACGUUUUUGUGUAGAUGUGUAGAUGGGUAUCUAUGUAUGAGGGAAAGUGUCACUUGCUUGCUAGUUAUCUGUAGGUGCAAAAGAAAAAAGCCCUCCCUCAGGAAUACGUUUGCCCUCAACCUCUGUCCUUCCCGCCUUGCACACUUGCUCAGUAGUUGUUACUGUGAUCUGGUGGUCGGAUUCCCUUGCAUCGAGUUAUCCGGGUCUGGCAUCCUUGCGGGUUGGAUACUGUAUUGCUUGCUUGAGGUGAACACUGUCGAUCUUUGGAUAUUUGUCUGGUCGGGUUCUCUUUUGGGGGCGAAAGUAAUAAACAAAACAUCUUUCCAUUCCCUGUGGGCCAGGCUGGUUUGGUCCCUUUACAAGACCACUACAAAAUUGAUUGAUCUUUUUUUUGGGCUUUUGUUAUACGAUCUGGGUGGGUGUAAAGUAUACACAUACUUAUAACGUGUUGGGGAUCAACAUUGCACGUAACACUCUGCACAGCACAGUACAGAAUUAUACAGACACAACUCGUUGAGGCCGAAUU